GAACUAUUUGCCCAGGAUGGCCUUGAACUGCGAUCCUCCUGAUCUCAACUUCCCAAGUAGCUAGGAUUACAGGUGUGAGCCACCAGGUGCCUGGCAAAACUGUCCUUUUAGAGGGGGCCAUCUAUAAAUCUUUUCCCACAAAUCUGGUUCUUACAUAUCUCGCCCUGUAGAAACAUUUGCCAAAUACUCAUGAAUCAAUGUCUGCCUGCAGUGGGUCACAUCACAGCAGAUCCUUAGCCCAGUGUACUUCUUGAAGUUCUGCCACUGGGAAGUUCCCACUGGUACUGUUACCAGGGAUCUGGACCUUGUUGGGGUCCCAAUCAAAGAACUGAUGGAGCGAUUAAGAGAUGAGUGUGUGGCAAAUAGCAGUUUACUGAGAGCGGAAAGUGAACGGAGAGCACCGGGCUUGGGCAGCAGUCUAUCUGGCUUUUAUGUGGUUUGAGCCAGGCUGGUGGGAGAACCCUAGGUUUCUGCAGGUGGGGCUAGGGUGAUUGGCAGAUUUGAUUGACAGCCAGAUGUUAUACAACUGAUUUCUGACUGCGCAUGUCCUUCCCCAUAACUCAUUUUGUUAUAAUUAUAUGCAUGAGAUGCAAAUAAUAGUCAUGAAGCCUUAUGUAGGGAAAAGCACCUAAAAGGUUGCUAAAGGUGACAGGUGAACUAUACUGUAUAUACCUUUCAGAACUGUUGGAACAAGUUAUCACCCCUUCCCCACUUUGCAGGAUGCAGCAGACCACAGAAGGGGUAUUUUGGGGUGGUUCGGAGGAGUUUUGGAUCUUCCCUGCUGGUCUUCACAUUAACCCUGUGUGCCCUGGACCCCCAGAUCAGUACUGUCUUUAGAGUCAGCCUUCACUGAGGUUGUAGUGUGUCACCCCGCCAUGUUGGGUGGUACUUGCAUAUCACAUCACCAUGUCUGUAAACCAGGAACCCCAAGAAAGCCGUAGGUGUGGCUGAGGGAGGGGACACUGAACCAUGCUGGAAGUCUUGGGUGCACACCCUUGCAGCUUGCUUGCUUACUUAUGCCGGAACUGGCUCAGCUCAGUGUCCUCUGUGCCAUCUCCCUUUGAUGAUGAACUGCGGGGGCACAUGCAGUGGGUCAGAUACCACCUAGGCACAUGGGAAGCUCAGGCCAUUUGGUCACUUUAUGGCCCAUGGUUCUUCAUUUUUACAGUAUAGCAGUGUAAGCUAGUUUUCGAAAGGAGAGUAGUGUACUGCAGAGAGGUAGAUUUGCUCCAAAGCGUUAGGGGUCCACUGAGUUCAAACUUCGGUACUACAAAGUCAAAUAUUCUAUGCAGUGCCACCAGACGAAACAUAGUUGUGGGCCUUAUCAGCCCAGGACCUCCAGGUUGAGACCUGUGGGGCUGGUACUGUCUGUAGGAGGACUCUGGACAGAUGGUUUUUGUAACAUAGUGUCACGUUAGGAUUUUACUCUUCACAUUAUAGAAUAAGACUUACAUAAUUUUUGUGAGGGUGAAUUUGGUUUAUGGAUAAUGAAUUGUGCAACUUCAGCAUUUGUCAUAAUUUUUAAAAAUUACUCAUUUAUUCACAUGUGCAUACAUUGUUUGGGUCAUUUCUCUCCCCUCCCCCACAUUUGUCAUAAUUUUUGAAUAGUAUUUUGUAAGUUAGCAUCUGGGCUACUGCUCUGUGUUUAACCUAUUUAAGAUUGUUAUUCAUUUUUAUUAAAAUUAAAUGAAAAUAAAAAUACUGUUGCGGUUCUCCUAGCUUCAUAUGAGGUCAUUAGUAACACGUGAGUAGGCCAUUGUAUCAUACAGUGUAGGGCUAAACUCAUUUCUAGUCAUGUUGGGACGUAUAUAUAGGUUAAGCAACUCUAAUCUGAAAAUCUAAAACCUCAAAAACUUUUUUGUGUGCAUGACUGAAUCCAGCAAAUAUUCCAAACUCUGAAGUCUGAAACAGUUCUGAUCCCAAGCAUUUUAGGUAAGGAACAGUCAAUCUGUAACAACCACAGUACAUCUGGUGUCAGGGACAAAUGUAAUGUCAUUCAAGUCCUCAUUCUCUACUUCUUAACUGCACGCAGAUAUUGGACCAGUUGCUAGUGUGCUCUGAGUCUAGGUUUUUCAGUAGGGAUAAUGGUGUCUACUGCGAGGCAGUGUUUUGGUAAUUAAGUGAGCUUAAGUACAUAAAGUGGCAAUUAAUAUUACUAAUACUCUUGUAACAGAAUUUACAGUUGGCACUGGCUUUCACAUAUAAUAUCUGCAAAGAGAGUUAGUGUACCAUGUUUAGUUAUUAGUAAUUACCACUUAUUUGAUGAUGAUACAGAAAGGACUCAAUUAGCCCUGAAUUCAGAACGGUGGAGAUUUCCAUUCUGCAAUGAACCUCAUAAACUGCCCUGAAGUGACCUUGGAAUCAAGGAAAGGAGUGUUCAGACACAUUUUGCCUCUGCCUCGCAGGAUGGCAGUCAUUUAUUCAUCCCAUGGUCUUUUUUAGAGGGGCCCAGUCCACCUGCAUGCAGAAAGGAAGAUGGCUGACUGCCUGCCCAGCUGUUACCCGUGAACAUUGGUGGACAUGUUACUUGGCUCAAACCAGCAUGUGUGUGAUGAUUCAGGACUUGGUGACCUUUGACGAUGUGGCUGUGGGCUUCACCCAGGAGGAGUGGACUUUACUGGACACAACUCAGAGAAACCUAUACAGACAGGUGAUGCUGGAGAACUAUGAAAACCUGGCCACAGUAGGAUGUCAGCAUCUCAAACCCAGCCUUAUCUCUUGGUUGGAACAAGACAAGUUGAAGCCAGUGGAGGGAGGACUUCUCCAAGAAUGGAAAGUGGUACUGAAAACCAAAAGCUCAGCACUUCAGCAGGAUAUGUUGAAGGGAAAAACCUCCAGUGAGAUACACAUGGCAAGAGACAGCACUGAAGGGGGACUCUAUGAGCAUAAGGAAUGUGGCGAAAUCUUUAGUGCACAUGCCUGCCCUCAGUCAUAUAUGAGAACACAAGACACAGGUUUUAUUUAUGAGCAUGAUCAGUAUGCAUCAGACCUCCUUUGUCUUCCCAAGGAAACCUCUAUUGGAGAGAAACUUUCUGAGUUGAAUCAGUAUGAAGAGACCUUCAGCCUGCCUCCAGAUGUCGUUCACCAGAGAACGUGCACUCAAGACAAGCCCUUCGAAGGCAGUGACUGUGUGAAAUCCUUUGUCAAUCAGUCACCCCUUCAGGCCCACAGGAGAACUCACAGUGGAGACAGACUCUUUGUAUGGAAGGAAGGUGGGGUGGAUUUCACUCACUCUACCAGCCUUGCUGUGCAUCUACAAAGUCAAAAUGCAGAAAAGCCCUUCACAUGUAAGGAAUGUGGAAAAGGCUUUAGAUAUCCUGCAUACCUCAAUAUUCACAUGGGAGCCAAUAGUGCAGACAACCGUUAUGAAUGUAAGGAGUGUGGGAAGGCCUUCACCAGGUCUUGUCAACUUACACAGCAUAGAAAAACUCACACUGGAGAGAAACCUUACAAAUGUGUGGAAUGCGGGAAAGCCUUCACUGUUUCCUCAUGCUUAAGUCAACAUGCAAAGAUUCACACUGGAGAGAAACCCUGUGAGUGUAAGGAAUGUGGGGCAGUGUUUAAAGCAUCUUGUCAACUCACUGAACAUGUGAAAAACCACUCUGAGGAGAAGGCCUUUGAAUGUCAGGUUUGUGGAAAAUGUUUCAGAAACUCCUCAUGCCUUCAAGAUCACUUUCGGAUUCACACUGGAAUAAAACCCUUCAAAUGUAAAGACUGUGGGAAAGCCUUCAUUCAGAAUUCAGACCUCACUAAGCAUGUCCGCACACACAGUGGAGAGAGGCCCUAUGAAUGUAAGGAGUGUGGGAAGGCCUUUGCUAGGUCCUCUCGCCUCAGUGAACACAUAAGAACGCACACUGGAGAGAAGCCUUUCGAGUGUGUCAAAUGUGGGAAAGCCUUUGCUAUUUCCUCAAAUCUUAGUGGCCAUCUGAGGAUUCACACCGGAGAGAAGCCCUUUGAGUGCAGGGAAUGUGGAAAAGCAUUUACUCAUUCCUCUAGUCUUAAUAACCACAUGCGGACUCACAGUGCCAGGAAACCAUACACAUGUGUGGAAUGUGGGAAGGCUUUUAAGUUUCCUACGUGUGUUAGCCUUCAUAUGCGAAUCCACACUGGAGAAAGACCCUAUGAGUGUAAGCAAUGUGGGAAAUCCUUCAGAUACUCCAAUUCAUUUCAGUUACAUGAAAGAACUCACACUGGAGAGAAACCCUAUGAAUGUAAGCAGUGUGGAAAAGCCUUUAGUUCUCCCAGCUCCUUUCAGAAUCAUGAAAGAAGGCAUGUGGAAGAGAAACUAUCAGUGUAACGAAAGGGGAUGUUCCCAUUUGAAGACAUGAAUGAAGUCACUGGGGAGAAACCCUAUCAAUGUAAGGAAUUUGGAAACAUCUUCACUCCUAUCUCAGGUCUUAAUGAACAUGUAAGAAUUCACAGAGAAGAGUCUAUGUUAGUUGUGAAUGUGAAAAACAUUUUGGUAAUUCCUAAACAAAAGAUAUACCUUACACGGGAGAAAUUUCACUGGAGGAAAACUCUAUGAAUGUAGAGAAUCUAGGAAAUCCUUUCCUAAUUCCACAAAUUUUGAUAUGCAUAUAUGAAUCUACAUUGGAGAGAAAGUUCAUAAUUUAAAUGGUAUAGUCCUCCUUAAAUUUCCUGUUUUGAAGCCCUAACCACCUGGCUCCUUACAAUGUAAUGAUUUGGACUUUAAACAGGUGAUUAAUUUUAAAUGAGGCUGAAGAAAAAAGGAUCAAUCCCUAAUACAAUAUCACUGAUGUCCUUCUAAGAAGAGAAAAUGGAUAGAAGGACACACACAUACAAAAGACCAUAUGACAUCACCAAAAGAUGGCCAUCUGCAAACCAAUGUUAAUGUCUGCAGAAGAAACCAGCCCUUUUGCCCACACCUUGGUAUUUGGACUUUCAGCCUCCAGCAAUUUAAGCCAAUAAAUUUCCCUUGUUUAAGCCAUCCAGUGUAUGCUAUUUUGUUAUGACAACCCUGGGAAACUAAUACAGUAAGGAAUGUGGACAGGCUUUAGGUAUUCCACAAACCAGUGUUCACAUAAGAACCCAGUGUGCAGAGAAACGGUAUGGAUGGAUACAGGGGAUUAUGGGAAAGCCUUCAGUUUUUAGCCCUUUGGAAACACACAAGAAAUCACACAGGAGACAAGUUGUAUGAAUGUAAGAUGUGUGAAUAAGCCCUCACACCUUCAUCAGUUCUUUUUUUUUUUAAAGUUUUGGUUUUGAAUUAGUAUACAUUAAUGGUACA